AUGGCAUCGAAUCCGUUGACAAACAUCGAUAAUCUCGUUUCAGACACGUUUGAAAACGCAGUGAAAACAGGUGAUGUCGUUCUUGAACUUGGAAAAACUAUCGAACAUUCAGUUGAUGGCUGUCCGUAUCACCUACGAUCUGUUCUUAGUCAUAAACAAAAACCAUUGAAAGGAGAUGUAGACAAAACUGACAAAGAUCCAUUUGCUCCUCCUUACGAUAAAUGUGUUCACGUUUGUGACAUUCCGAAUUAUGGAUCGAAUGAGACAACCUAUGCUGUGGUACUCAAUAAAUUUCCUUCGACGAAAAAUCAAUUUCUCGUUGCUCCUCAUGAAUUCGCCAAUCAGUCCGAUCCGUUAUCAGCUGAUGAACUAUCCUUAUGUUAUCAAAUCAUUCGAAAUUAUAGAACAACAAAAUUGCUCGUGUUUUUCAAUUGUGGUGAAGAUUCCGGUGCAAGUCAGAAACACAAACAUAUUCAAUUCUUUCCAGUUUUACAAAACGAUCCACCAAUCGAUUUUUUCCUCCAAGAAGAACAGAAUUAUUCUCAGGCUUGUCAAAUCAGUCAAGUGCCUUGGGCACAUUUUGUCAUUUCUAUUCGUCCGCCGGAACAAAUUGAUCACUUAGCGGAAUAUCUGAUGAAUCAAUUUAUUCAACUUUUAGAUGAGAUGUUCAGUUUCAAAGAAGGAAAAGAAUUCAAUCCAUUGAAAACGUCGUAUAAUGUGGUGAUGACAAAGAAUUAUUUACAUGUCAUUCCGAGAACAAAAGAUACGUUCAUUUUGAAGAAUGGAUCGAAAGUACCUAUUGGUGGAAUUGAUUAUGCUGGAAUUAUUAUUGUCAAAGACGACGAAGAUAUCGAUGAAGUUAUCAAUUAUGGUAUCACGAAUAUGCUUCUCGAAGUUGGAAGAAAAAAAGAUGAAGAAAAUAAAGCGUGA